GUCACCGCGGCAGAGGGCGCAGGCGGCUGGGCUAGCCGGGCCUGUAGACUCUUCGGGCCGUUCCGCUCGGACCCUGGCCCUGGUUCUGGCCCCGCGAUGGGAGCUGCUCCCUGGGGGCUGAGCUUGUCGGCAUCUUCCACUGCCCUGCGCCCCUGAAGUCGGAGAAGAGCCCAUCUCUACUUACAUCCUUGCCCCUUUUGGGGGUUGCGUCGGUUUGUCCGGUAUUCAGCCUUAGCGACCGGUCCAUUCCGAUAAAGGAUCAAGACGAUGAUACUGGCAUCGGUGUUGGGGAGUGGUCCCCGGAGUGGGCAUCCACUCCUGCCCCUCCUGGGACCUGCACUCUCGCUCCGGGCCCGCUCCACAUCAGCCACCGAUACACACCACGUGGAGAUGGCACGGGAACGCUCCAAGACCGUCACCUCCUUUUACAACCAGUCAGCCAUCGACGUGGCAGCGGAGAAGCCCUCCGUCCGACUCACUCCCACCAUGAUGCUCUAUUCUGGCCGCUCUCAGGACGGCAGCCACCUUCUGAAAAGUGCCCGGUACUUGCAGCAAGAGUUGCCAGUGAGGAUUGCUCACCGCAUCAAGGGCUUCCGCAGCCUUCCUUUCAUCAUUGGCUGUAACCCUACCAUACUGCACGUGCAUGAACUGUACAUCCGUGCCUUCCAGAAGCUGACAGACUUUCCUCCGAUCAAGGACCAGGCAGACGAAGCCCAAUACUGCCAGCUGGUGCGACAGCUGCUGGAUGACCACAAGGAUGUGGUGACCCUCUUAGCUGAGGGCCUUCGUGAGAGCCGGAAACACAUAGAGGAUGAGAAGCUCGUCCGCUUCUUCCUGGACAAGACACUGACUUCCCGGCUUGGGAUCCGCAUGUUGGCCACGCAUCAUCUGGCACUGCAUGAGGACAAGCCCGAUUUUGUUGGUAUCAUCUGCACUCGUCUCUCACCAAAGAAGAUUAUUGAAAAGUGGGUGGACUUUGCCAGACGCCUGUGUGAGCACAAGUACGGCAACGCCCCCCGUGUCCGCAUCAAUGGACAUGUGGCCGCCCGUUUCCCCUUCAUCCCCAUGCCGCUGGACUACAUCCUGCCGGAACUGCUCAAGAAUGCCAUGAGAGCCACGAUGGAGAGUCACCUGGACACUCCCUACAAUGUCCCAGAUGUGGUCAUCACCAUCGCCAACAAUGAUAUCGAUCUUGUCAUCAGGAUUUCAGACCGGGGCGGGGGAAUCGCUCACACAGACCUGGAUCGGGUUAUGGACUACCACUUCACUACAGCGGAGGCCAGCACCCAGGACCCACGGAUCAGCCCCCUCUUUGGUCACCUGGACAUGCACAGUGGUGCCCAGUCAGGACCCAUGCACGGGUUUGGCUUUGGGCUUCCCACAUCACGGGCCUAUGCGGAGUAUCUUGGUGGUUCCCUUCGGCUACAGUCUCUGCAGGGCAUUGGCACGGAUGUCUACCUACGGCUCCGUCACAUCGAUGGCCGGGAGGAAAGCUUCCGCAUCUGACUCCAUGGUCCUUGGCCCGCUUGCCAGCCCAGCCUGGGCCACACACCCUGCCAGAACCUUGUGGGCCAGGCGGGGUGCUCCCUGCUCCACACGCUGCUGCAUCUUGGGUCUUAGGGCCCCAAACAGAUGGACUUAGAUGGAGCCAGGUGCCACUCCUUCUCUACAGGGUCCACUGCUUCCUUGUCUCCAGGCCUUGGAGGAGGAGAGAAAGUGGGGAUUCUGCAGGCCUCCAGUACCAGCUCCAUCAUUCUAGAUCCUGGGGAAUCCCAACUUUGACCUGCUGUUUGUUAUUAAAGUUCACGUUUUGAAUGCCCUCUUGGGCCCCUUGUGUAGGGAGGGCAGGUGA